AUGGAAAGCUACGAUGCGCUUAUCGUUGGCGCAGGCUUUGGCGGAAUUUAUCAGCUUUAUAGCCUACAGAAAUUGGGCUUGAACGUGAGGUUGAUCGAUCGUUGCGUCGAUGUCGGAGGUGUUUGGCAGUGGAAUCGAUAUCCUGGUGCGAUGAGCGACACGCACUCGACUGUAUAUCGUUAUUCCUGGGACAAAGAGGAUCUCAUGACCUACCCGUUCACAGACAACUAUCUGUACAGGGAUGAGAUUGUUGCGUAUCUUUCACACAUCGUGGAGCGCCACAAUUUGAGAAAACACAUGGAGUUCAACCUGGAAGUCACUUCCGCUGAGUUCCAUGAAGACGACGGCACAUGGACUGUUCAUGCUGGUGACAAGUUCAUCAAGGCGCGCUACCUCAUCACUGCCCUCGGCCAUUUCACUCAAGUCAAUUGGCCAAGUAUUCUCGGACAAGACGCCUAUAAAGGGGAGCUCUAUCAUACCGCCAGAUUUCCCGAGCACUACGACUUUAAGGGUAAACGCGUUGGAGUUAUCGGCAAUGGAUCCACUGGUGUGCAGGUCAUCGUCGAUAUCGCCAAAGACGUGGGUUCCUUGAUCUCGUUCCAGAGGACCCCUCAGUACUCGGUCCCAGCAGGAAGACGACCUGUAACAGCCGAGGACCGGGCAAAGAUUAAUCGGGAAUGGGAUGAGAUCUGGAAGCAAGUCCAGAAUACCACGACUGCGUGCGAAUUUGUCGAGCCGAAGAUCUCUGCCAUGGAUGUUUCUGCAGAGGAACGGGACAGAAUAUAUCAGGAAGCAUGGGAUUACGGUAACAAUCUGCAAUUUCUCCGUGGAACUUUCAAUGACCUGGUUAGCAACAAAGCAUCCAACAUCACUGCGUGCGAGUUUAUCAGGAAGAAGAUUGCGGAGACUGUUAAAGAUCCCGUCAAAAGGGAGAAAUUGACUCCGACAGAUAUCUGGAAUCGCAGGCCAAUUUGUGAUGCGGGCUAUUUCGAACAGUUCAACCGUGACAAUGUUGAUGUUGUGAUGGUCAAGGACAAUCCGAUUGUGAAGCUCACUCAGACUGGACUGGAGCUAGCAGAUGGGACCCGAUAUGACCUAGAUGUGAUCAUUUUUGCGACUGGGUUCGACGCCAUCGACGGCAGUUACCGGCAAAUCAAAUUCAUAGGACGAAAUGGGAUCACCCUGGACCAACACUGGAAGGAUGGACCGACCAGUUACUUUGGAGUGGGGAUAUCUGAAUUCCCUAACCUGUUCAUGAUAAGCGGCCCACAGUCAAUCAUUUCGAAUUUACCGCCGGCUCUCGAAUCUUACGUGGAGUUUAUCACGGAUCUUCUCGCUACCGCGGAGGAGCGCCGCAAGCAAGGCGGCAACCUCCAGAAGAUCAUAGUGGAGACAGAACCAGAAGCAGAGCGCGACUGGAACGAACUAUGCAUCAGAUUGGGCAAGGGAAAUCUUUAUAUGACCGCGAAAUCGUCAUUCAUUUCGGGGACAAAUGUCGAGGGUAAGAAAGGCUCUACCAUUUUCUUCAUGGGCGGGUACAAGUCCUUGAGGGAACGGCUUAACAAUUGUAUUAAAGAAGGCUACAAGGGCUUCCGCAUAGCUGAAUAUUAG